AUGGAUAAAGCAGGAACUAUCAUUGCUAUUUUAAUAGUUCUCGCUUCACUCGGAAUAUUGAUAUCAAGUUUCGUAGGAAAUACCACAAAUAAUCCACCACAAGACAAUGGAACUCACACCGGAUAUCCUGUCUGGCAUCCUCCUUUGCCGGGAUACGAUGGACAAGUACAAGAUGCAACGAUUCUUUUCUCGGCAAUAAUCAUGACUAUCACAGGAUUUUUCAUGUAUAAAUGGACCAUGUUUAACACGCAAAAGGAUAAAAAGCUAUUAACAUAUUUCGUUGAUCGAGAAGCAAAUAAAACUUCGACUCUUGGGUUUGACCGUUUAUUGGCUGCUUACUCAUUGGUUACAGCUUUAGCAGGAUUUUCAUAUUAUUUAGUCGAUGUUGGUAAACUUUGGGUGAUCGUAGGAGUAUUCCAUAAUGUACUCGAAGUUUGUAUUCUAGUUACCCUGCAUCAAGGAGGAAGAAUCACCUCGAAUUCAUUUAUAGUUUGGAUAACUUUAUAUGUGUUACUUGUUGUAGGUUUGAGCAUCUAUUUAGAAUGGCCUUUUGAUGCUCUUUGGUUUAAAGUACAAGGACUUUGUUCGGAUUACGCAUUAGUCAUUCAAUUUACGCGUAUGUAUUUGAAUACGCGUAAGGGUUAUGGCGAUGAAACUUAUCAACGUCUCCUCGAUAUAGAAAAUCCAAGACAAAAUCAACCCAAUAGAGAAAGUAUUUCCUCAGAAAUUGAAGAAAUCGAUCAAACAAAUCAAAAUGAAUAUGGUUCCAUUGGUUCCGUUGGAUAUUUCCGUCCGAAUUAUGUCAUAUUAUUAAUCUUAGCUUCACUCACUCAUAUCUUUGGAAAUGAUCUUUCCACA